AUGAAAUAUUACACCCCCACAAAUAUAAAUGUUAAAAUUCAAAUUUCUCUCCUCAAAUAUCAAAAUUAUAGGCAUUCAGUGUAAUUUUAAUAAAUUAUCAAUUUCGUCUCAAUUGACAGUUAAGUGACAUAUUUAUCAUUGAAUUGACAUUGAAACUAGGUCAUGUUUUAAAUAAAUAAUUUAGAUGAAACGUAAUAUAAGUAUUUAAUUUUCAUGCUGUAAAUAAUAGACAAGUUAAAAUGAGAAGUCGAAGUAACUCGGGAGUCCGUUUGGACUAUUACCAAAGAAUUGUACAGAAACUGAUUAUGGCCCAUCAAAACCCAGUUACGGGAUUAUUCCCGUCCAGCCCAGAAAACCAUCACGCCUGGAUUAGAGAUAAUGUUUACUGCACACUGGCCGUGUGGGGUUUGUCGAUGUCCUAUAAAAAGAUGGCCGAUCAGGAUGAAGAUCGUGCCAAGGCGUACGAAUUGGAACAAUCGUGUGUAAAACUCAUGCGUGGUUUGCUAAUGGCCAUGAUGCAACAGACAGAUAAAGUAGAGAAUUUUAAAAUGACGCAGAAUCCAUUAGAUUCCUUACAUGCUAAAUAUUCGUCAACCACCGGGCAGACUGUAGUUGGUGACUCCGAAUGGGGACACCUGCAAAUUGAUGCGAUUGCACUGUACCUUCUAGUUUUAGCGCAGAUGACAGCUUCUGGUUUACAAAUCAUAUUCAAUUUGGACGAAGUUGCUUUUAUUCAAAAUUUGGUUUUUUACAUUGAGUCUGCUUAUUGCACUCCUGACUACGGUAUUUGGGAACGUGGAGAUAAAACAAAUCAUGGACUUCCAGAGUUAAAUGCCAGCUCAAUAGGGAUGGCCAAGGCAGCGUUAGAAGCGAUGAACGAAAUUGAUCUGUUUGGAGCUAGGGGCGGCCCCUAUAGUGUAAUUCAUGUUUUAGCAGACGAAGCUCAGAAAUGCCAAGCCGUUUUACAAUCUAUGCUUCCUCGCGAGUCAAACUCUAAAGAAUUGGAUAGUGGUUUGCUAUCCAUCAUAAGCUUCCCAGCAUUUGCCGUCGACGAUCCUAUUCUUAUACAGCUUACACGUGACACUAUAGUUGGAAAAUUGCAAGGUAGAUUUGGGUGUAAAAGGUUUUUACGGGAUGGUUACAGAACACCAAAAGAGGAUCCUAGACGACUAUAUUAUGAACCUUGGGAGUUAAGAAUGUUUGAAAAUAUUGAAUGCGAAUGGCCGCUAUUUUUCUGCUACCUAAUUUUGGAUUAUUGCUUUCAAAGGAACAAGGACGUUGCUUUGGAAUACACUGAACAAUUAGAAGAUAUUAUGAUUAGAACGGAAGAUGGCAUAAAGUUGGUUCCUGAAUUAUACUCUGUUCCAGCUCAGCUUGUCAAUGCUGAGUAUAGAGAACCGGGCACUCAAGAGAGAAUAGCUUUGGGACAGUGUCCCUUUUUAUGGGCUCAGUCAUUGUAUAUUCUGGGCAAAUUGUUGCAAGAGGGAUUUUUAGCCCCAGGAGAAUUAGACCCAUUAAAUAGAAGAUUAUGUUCAGAGAAGAAGCCUGACGUGGUCGUUCAGGUUGUAAUCUUAGCCGAAGAUUCUCGAAUUAGAGACAAAUUAGCCGAGCACGACGUAAUGGUACAGACAAUUGCAGAGGUCGCUCCGAUUGAAGUGCAACCAGCGAAGGUACUAUCCCACCUUUAUACAUAUCUAGGACGCAAUAAAAAGUUAGGUCUGUCAGGGCGCAAGUCGCGCGAUGUGGGAAUUUUGAGCACAAGUAAACUGUACUCUUUGGGAGAUAAGAUUUUCGCCUUCACUCCGCAGAGUUUUGACAUGGAGGAGUAUUACACAAGUCACGAUAGUGGACUAUUGGCGGAUAAGUUCACAACAAAUCUCGCCUUCUUAACGAUGAAUUGGCGCCAUAUGCUUGGUAGACCUAUUAUUAUUCUACUGGCUAGUGGCCAUGUUCUAGAGAAUGGAAAAAUUCCACUUGCGAUGAUAACAACAAUGAAGAAAUUAAAAUCAGGGUACAUUAAUGGCACCAGGGUAACAUUGGGCAAUCUGACCGACUUUUUAAGUACCAGCUGUAUUACGAACUUAAGCUUCUUGGGAAAUCAAGAGGAAGGCUUGCCGGAUAAGUUAAAUACCCAAGUCAGGCAGUACUUGGAAGAACAUUUAAUGAAGACACUUUCGACCAAAUCGUUUUUGUUAAACACAUCCGCAUUAACAAGUAAGAAAAGUCGCUACAUCAAAAGGAAAAUGUCUGUUCGAGGUGCCAUCAAGAAAACCAGGUCUAUCAAUGUUGACUGUCUCACAAAAGCGGAAACGUUGGGAAUGGAGGCGGGAGUUCUAGAGAGAAAAGGAUCUGUUUAUGUUCCUGCAAAUGCUUUUCUAGAUGUAGACCAUGGAAGUAUGAUGGGGAGGUCCCCAUCUCCCGAUGAUGCCCGAAAGGACGUUCCAUUGGAACCAACUCCAGCUGCAAAGUUACUUUUAGGUCAAAAAGAUGCCCGAUUGAAUAGCAUUGGACGUAACAGAAAUACCUCAGAAACUCACUAUGCCGAUACCGAGGUGGACGAAUUGUUUGCGAUGCUUCGAGAGUCUGAAGUUUUGGAUGAGCAGGGCGAUAUUUUGCAAUACCUUGUGGACACGAAGGGGCUUGAUUUUCAGACUGACAUGAUUGAUAACGGCCGAAAGGUGACCGUACGCGACCUGUUAAAAGGACUCUACGAGAAGGCUUGUCAACAAAAGCUAUGGGGUUUAGUGCGCCACACUGCCGGAAUGUUGGGCAAGCGCGUGGAAGAUUUGGCGAAGGCAGUGACUGAUUUGUUGGUUCGCCAAAAGCAAAUUACUGUGGGGAUGCCCCCACAUAACGAGCACACAAUCACCGCACCUUUGCCAGAGGCCGAUCUUCGUUUACUUAUUCAUGAAGCUUAUGGGGAGGAUGAUAGUACCGCAAUGUUAACUCAAGAACUGCUAGUAUAUUUGGCUAUGUUUAUCAGAACAGAACCCCAAUUGUUUCUGGAAAUGUUAAGGUUGCGUGUGGGGUUAAUUAUACAAGUUAUGGCCACUGAACUGUCGCGCACGAUCAUCUGUGGGGGAGAAGAGGCCUCAGAACAUUUGUUAAAUUUGAGCCCUUUUGAAAUGAAAAAUCUGUUGCUUCAUAUUAUAAGUGGAAAGGAGUUUGCAAUUAGUAGUGUUGGCCGAGGUAAUUUUUCCAUCAUCAGUUCGAAAUCGGCUCGCGUUAGCAAAAAAAGCCAAAUUGGUGGGCUAUUGGCAGCUGCCGAUUCUGAUUCAGAAGACGCAGUCGACUCGGACAAGCAGGGACAAUGGUUGAGACGUCGCCGAUUGGACGGAGCGCUAAAUCGCGUGCCAAGAAAUUUUUACCCUCGCGUUUGGUCUGUGUUAGAGCGAUGUCACGGUUUGGAUAUUGCAGGACGGGUUUUAUUACCAAAUUUGACUCAAGAAAUGACGCCAGGCGAGUUAAAAUUCGCACUUGCAGUUGAAACGGUGCUGAAUUCCAUACCUCAACCUGAAUAUCGGCAGCUUAUUGUUGAGGCUUUAAUGGUGUUAACUUUAGUCUCAGAAUACAAUGUGGCCACUUCCCUAGGGGGCGUCAUACAAAUAGAACAAUUAGUUCACACCGCAAAUGCUUUAUUUUUAACAGAUCAGAUUAACUGUGGUGGUGAUGCUACUUUGUGCUGCGCUAAACCAAAAGACCACAAGGAAUUAUCGCAGUCUGGCACAUUGCUGUGUGGCGGAGCAGCUUACAUUUGUCAACAUUUCUACGACAGCGCCCCCAGUGGUUGUUAUGGGACAAUGACGUAUAUUACUAGAGCAGUCGCCACAAUUUUAGAAUGUGUACCGAAGCAAGGCGAAUUGGAUUGCUCGAUUAGUUAAACCUUUGCCAAUUUGAUGUAGCUGUAAUUACAGUUUUUGUUUUCCCCUUAGUUAAUUAAAUCCAUCCAAUAUAUUUUUAAAUGUACAAUAAUUGUAGCAUUUUUAAUUGGUGACCUUUAGGCAGAAGAUAUUUAGUCGUGACUACUGUCUAAAGCUAGUUUAAUUCUGCAUUGUUUUGAGCAAAAUUUCAUCACUAUAACGGCAAAAAGUACUCUGCGUCACGGUCAACUUGACAUUCUAAUAAAUAUGAAACCAUCCUAUGAAAUCUAAAAUUUAGCGUAUGUUGUAAGUUUGAACCUUUCUGAUAAGUAUUCAAAUAGGUACUUAUAAAAAUGUUUAUUUUGCAAAUAAUUGCUCGUCUUGUCCAACUUAACAGAAACACAAAACUUCCUGUGUUCGUGAACACGUGACAAAUUUAAAAAACCUCAAUUUUUUGUAAUGUUUUUUUUGUUUUUGUUUUUUGACAAGAAUAUAACUUCGGAAAAUU